UAGAUGAUCAUGCAAGAGUAAAAUUGCAUCUGAUAACAUCUGACCAUGACUCAGAUUACAUCAAUGCCAGUUUCAUCAAGGGAGUAUACAACCCAAAAGCCUACAUUGCAACGCAAGGCCCUUUACCAAGUACUGUAAAUGACUUCUGGAGAAUGAUUUGGGAGUAUGACAUUCUGAUCAUCGUUAUGGCCUGCAGAGAAAUUGAAAUGGGAAGAAAAAAGUGUGAGAAGUACUGGAGUAAUCUAGGUGAAGAACCAUUUUGCACCGACUGUUUUUCAGUUUCAUGUGAAUCAGAAGACAACAAAGGUGAAUAUAUUUUAAGAACUCUGAAAGUCUCAUUUUAUAAAGAUACCCGUACUUUAUAUCAGUUUCAUUACAUGAACUGGCCGGAUCAUGAUGUUCCAGAAGCAAUAGAUCCCAUUCUUGAAAUGAUUUGGGAGGUUAGAUCCUUGCAAGAUAAUGAAAGUGCUCCACUCUGCAUCCACUGCAGUGCUGGUUGUGGAAGGACUGGGGUCAUUUGUGCAAUUGACUAUACAUGGAAUCUACUGAAGGAUGGGAUAGUACCAGAGAACUUCAACAUUUAUAGUUUAAUUCAAGAAAUGAGAACACUCAGACCAGCCAUAGUACAGACAAAGGAGCAGUAUCAGCUUGUCCAGCAAGCAGUGACCCAGUUAUUUGAGAAACAUUUUGAACUGCUGAGUAUGUCUGAUCCAAACCAGACCAUGGCAAUUUUGCUGCAUGCAAAGUAA